AUGGGCAUCGAUAUUAAGAAAGACCUCGUGGAGCUCUUCGCUCACCAGGUCCGUGCUACUUCUGAUGCUAUUGCGUUGGAAGAUGACACAAUCAUGUAUACAUAUGGCGAGCUUGACAAAGAGGCCAAUGGUCUCACCCAUCGCCUCCUCGGCUACGGCGUGGAAAGGGACCGACUGGUCGGAGUGCUUCUUCCGCGUAGUGCAAACUAUGUGAUCGCCUGCAUUGCCGCUCUUAGAGCAGGCGGAGCAUUCCUCGUCCUGGAGUCUGCUUAUCCGCCAGACCUUUUGGCCGAUGUGAUUGAUGAUGCCAAACCUGUGGUUAUUGUCACCUCGAAAUCAGAGAGUGUUAAGAUCAAGACUGAUGUACCGCUUUUGAUCAUCGACGAUGACCCUGGCGUUAAUGAAGAUACAGAGGGCAGGAAUGCUUAUCCUUACAUCUCGGAAGCGCAAGGCGAUCACAGUCGGCUUGCCUUCGUGGCUUAUUCCUCUGGGACUACUGGCAAGCCCAAGGGAAUUGCAAACCCGCACCAGGCGGCUGUCUUGUCCUACAACCUCAGAUUCGACGUGCAGGAUGUACAGCCAGGCGACCGUGUGGCUUGCAACGUGUUCUUUGUUUGGGAAAUUCUGCGGCCAUUGAUCCGAGGCGCGACAGUGGUAGCUGUCCCUGACGAAGUGAGCUAUGACCCAGCCGCGCUUGUCGACCUACUAUCGUCUCAACGCAUCACCGAAACUCUCAUGACGCCUACCCUCCUGGCCGCAGUCCUCUCUCGCCACCCCAAUAUUGGCACUCGUCUUCCGGAUCUGCGAACCUUAUGGCUAAAUGGUGAGGUUGUUACAACCGACUUGGCCGCUCGUGCUAUCAAAGCCCUUCCCAACACUCGCUUGCUCAACUGCUAUAGUACGUGUGAAGCACAUGAGAUUGCCUGUGGCGAUAUCCGUGAUAUGUUCGAUAAAGACGCUACAUAUUGCCCGGUCGGAACUCCCCUCUACCCAGACCUAAUUUACAUACUCGAUGAGAAGGGCCACCGCGUAGAAGAGGGGAUCAGGGGUGAACUCUUCAUUGGAGGACCCCAGCUUGCUCGUGGGUACUUGAACCGUCCAGAAACAACCGCCAAAUAUUUCAAGGAUGAUAUCUUUAACUCAGCACCGGGGGCUCGUAUGCAUAAGUCGGGAGAUCUGGCAAGAGUCCUUCCAAGUGGAUAUCUCGAGAUCACCGGACGGGUGAGCGGAAUGAUCAAGCUUCGUGGAUAUUCUGUUGUCCCUGGACAAGUUGAGAAAGAGAUUGUGAGAAACUUCGCCGUCAGCCAUUGUGCAGUCAUCGCUCACGGCGAAGGCCUGGAACGACAAUUAGUCGCUUACUUUGUUCGAGACAAGAACGAUUGUGAGAACCGACCGACAAUAGAAAUCAAUGAGUCGGGCCAUAGUCCUGUGGCACGAAGGACACUGCUACCUUUCUUGGCUCAUUACAUGAUUCCGGCCAUUUGGGUUGAGAUGGACGAAUUCCCAACUCAUGAAGUCUCCGGAAAGGUUGACCUGAAGCGACUGCCUCCUCCCCGAGCUCCUCGGUUAGUGAAUGGAAUCGGGACAAAGGAAGACUCAAUUCGCAUGGAAGAUGUUGCUGCUAUCUGGGAGGCUGUUUUGAAAACACCCAAAGCUACUCUGAGAGCUAGUGAUGACUUCUUCGACCUAGGUGGACAUUCACUGUCACUCGCUGACCUUUCGUCGCGCCUAUCUAAGCAUUUUGGGUUUCGUGUCCCUAUAACCCGCCUUGCAGAAAAUUCAACCUUGAAUGGCCAGUUGCUCACCGUACGCGCCGUGAGAGACGGGCACACAGCAGAAGUGCAAGCAGAUCUUCCUGCUGUACUCUGCGCAGACUCCGUACUCGAUUCCGAUAUCACGCCAUGUGAUACGAAGAUUUGUCCCAUCGAUAAGGCCACCACGAUCUUAUUGACUGGUGCUACGGGGUUUCUGGGGGCAUUUCUAUUACAUGAUCUCCUAGAAGCCACAUCGGCGAAAAUAAUAUGUCUGGUGCGCUUCACCGAUCCAAACGAUGACGACAAGCCAGCAGCAGGAGCAAGAAUACGUCGCAAUCUUCUCGAUCUAGGUCUGUGGAACGAUUCCGUCAUGGAGCGUGUCGAGGUUCUGUCAGGCAAUUUGUCUCGACGUCGCUUAGGACUAUCAUCCGACAGCUUCGAUGACCUAGCAUCCCGUGUGGAUGUGAUUGUACAUGCCGCUGCUGCAGUGAACCUUGUAUACCCGUAUGCUGCUUUGCGAAAUGCGAACGUGGGCGGGACGAGAGAAAUUCUUCGAUUGGCAUGCAAAGGCGGAGCGACCGUGCAAUACGUAUCGACUAACGGUGUCCUGCCUCCAUCGGGCGAGAAAGGUUGGGACGAGAGCGCACUACUCAGUGUCGAUGAAGUCACAGAGAAACUUCACGAUGGAUACGGACAGACAAAGUGGGUGGCUGAACAGCUCGUUCUUGAGGCAGGGCGCCGAGGUCUUCCGGUCAAGAUUUAUCGCGCGGGGACGAUUAGUAGUCACAGCGUCACUGGGGCCUCGAAUCCAUAUGAUCUUUUAACGGCUUUGAUUGUCGAGUCGAUUCAACUUGGGUACGCUCCUGCUGUGGAUGGGUGGCGAGCAGAGAUGACGCCUGUUAAUUUUACUAGCAAAGCAAUCAUUCACCUUGCGAAUCUGCCCCAUGUGGAACAGACUGUUUUCCACCUUGGUGAUCCUGAUCCUGUCAGUAUUGAUUCGGUCUUUCAUGACCUGGCUCUACUUGGUUAUCCAACGGAGCGACUGGAGUGGGAAGCUUGGAUUGCAUUGUGGACUGAAAGGAGAGGAUCGCUUCGUGGAGGCGAUGGUGCAUUUACCAUUGAUGUCCUACGAAGUGGAAUGCCAUCAGUCGGGUUCUUGGAAGGUAUCGUUGUGCUUAACAAUGCUUCUACUAGACCUUUUCGAGCGGAGAUUGAAAGGCCUAAGGUGGAUAGUGUACUCCUCGAGACUUAUACUCGCCAUUGGUUUGCUAGAGGAUGGCUUUCACACCCUCCUUCACGGCAACUUGCCCUGGGUGGCUCUGCAAAUCCUACAUGCAGAGGCCCAUUAAGCGGCCGUGUUGCAGUCAUCACGGGCGCAUCUUCCGGUAUAGGUGCUGCAGUUGCUGCAGCAUUAGCCAGAGAGGGAUGUCAUGUCGCCUUGGCUGCUCGGCGCCUCGAUUCCCUCAUAGCAAUCAAGCGCAGAUUGGUGGUUCGCGAAGGAAAAGUCAUGGUUCGACAAACAGAUGUCACAGAACGGUCUCAAGUGACAGCACUCAUGCAGGCAGCCCGUGAUGAGCUGGGUCCAAUCGACAUUCUCAUUUCUUGUGCCGGCGUGAUGUACUUCACCAUGAUUUCGAAUGCCCAAACAGACGAGUGGGAGCGCACAGUUGACGUCAACUGCAAAGGUCUUCUAAACUGCCUAUCGUCGACCGUACCCGACAUGGUAUCGCGAGGUGGGCAUAUAGUCGCAAUCUCUUCGGAUGCCGGACGCAAAGUCUUUCCUGGUCUCGGUGUUUAUUCUGCGAGCAAGUUUUUUGUUGAAGCGACAUUGCAAUCGCUGCGCCUCGAGACUGCAGGAACGGGACUGCGCGUUACAAGCAUUCAACCGGGGAACACUGCUACAGAUCUACUGGGCAUGUCUACGGAUACAGAAGCUGUGAAGAAAUAUGGGCUCCCGUCUGGAGCGAAGAUCCUUGAUCCGGAGGAUAUUGCCAACUCGAUUGUGUACGCUUUGCGUCAACCCGCGCAUGUUGCUGUUAAUGAGGUGCUAAUUGAGCCAAGAGAUGAGCCCAUUUGA